CCUGUGGGCCUUCCUGAGGUUCCAGCGCUUCUCUCAGCCGGUGGGAGCCAGCAGCAGUGGACACAUGGAGCCCCCCUCAGCCCCUGCCCACAUAGGGUGCGUGCCCUGGAAGGGGCUCCUGCUCGCAGCCGCACUCUUACCUUUCUGGAGCCUGCCCGCCAAUGCUGUAUCUGUGGAAAUAAUACCAGCUAAUGCUGUGGUAGGGGACAAUGUCACCAUGUUUGUCCACGAGGUGCCAGAAAAUAUUGUACGCUUAGACUGGUGCAAAGGGGUAAUUGAAUCAAAGAACGUCAUUAUAACAUUGAAAAAAACCCCAGAAAAUAUUACUAAUGGGCCUUUAUUCAGCCACCGAGAGACCCUGUUCAACAACGGAACCCUGCACAUCCAGAACCUCACCGAGAGGGACAAGAACACCUACCUCGUACAAAUCUUUACAAUGGGAGGUGACUCUAUAACAGCAAAAGUAGAGCUCGGCGUGUACGUGCGGCUAACCAAACCCCAAAUCAACGCCGACAACGAGCACCCCACUGAGAAAAAGGACACCGUGACACUGCAGUGUGAUCCUGAGACUCCAGACACGACCUAUCGGUGGUUCUUCAACUCUAAACCUGUCGCUCAGGGUGGUGGGCUGGAGCUGUCCAAGCAAAAUCGGGUUCUGACUUUAAGCCCUGCCCUGAGGAAUAACACUGGAGCCUAUGUGUGUGAGAACUGGAAUCCUGUGAGCUCCAAAACCAGCGACCAAUUCAACCUGGAUGUUUUGUAUGGCCCAGACCCUCCCAUCAUCUCCCCCUCAAAAACCUUCUACCGUCGAGGGGCGAGCCUCAGUCUCUCCUGCUACACUGCCUCCCACCCGCCCGCAAAGUUUACCUGGUCUACCAGCAAGCAGGCCACAGUAUCCGCACAGAACUUCUUCAUACCCACCCUCUCUCUGGAUGACAGUGGUUCCUAUACCUGCUUCGUCAGUAACAAUGUGACACAACUCAAUGCGACCGUGAUGAUCAAUAUCACAGUCUUAGACCCAGUGACAUCAGCCUCCAUCCAUGCCUCCAACACCACAGUGGCAGAAGGUGAUAACAACGUGAUCCUGGUCUGCAUCACGAAUGACACUGAUAUCUCCACCCAAUGGGUCCACAAUAACAAGCCUCUGCAGCCCUCAGACACGAAGCUGCUGUCUCGAGACAACAAGACCCUCACCAUCACAUCUAUCUCGGUGUCCGAUGCCGGCGACUAUCACUGUGAGAUCUCCAACCCCAUCAGUUCCCUAAAAAGUCCCCCUGUGAAGCUGGAGGUGACUUCUAAGCCUCAGGGCCUGUCUUCUGCAGCCACUGCCGGCAUUGUGAUUGGAAUCCUGGUUGGGUUGGUUCUGAUAGGGGUGGUGCUGUACUUCCUGUAUCACAAAAAGACCGGAAGGGCAAACGACCAGCGCCAUCACACAGAAAACAAACUCCCAUCUUCCAACAACAGUCAGGACCGCUCUGACAACCCAGUGAACAAGGUUGACGAAGUUGCAUAUUCUUCCCUGGAAUUCAAUACCCAGAAACAUGAGAAACAACGUUCUGCCACCCCACCGUCAACAGCUACUCAAACAAUAUAUGCGGAAGUGAAAAAGACCUAGUGCAGUUCAAUGUGCUGGUGCCUCAAGACCCUUAGCCCCAUCCCUAGGAGAUGGUUUCAACUCGGGGGUAAGAGGAAGAAACCUCUUCCCACUCACCAGAGGAAGAAACCUUUUCCCACCCACCAGUCCCCACUCUCUCCGUGGUACCUCCAAGCUGCCUGGCGGCAGCCCCCCGCCCCCUCACCACCCUGACCCUUCAGUGUCAAAAGAUGAAAAGAUAUAUCCUGGAGUCUG